AUGUCGUUUUUCAGAGACUUGAUUGAACAGGCCUUCCCAGUGGCCUACGCUGCAGAGCCAGAGGAAGAGGUGCCUAUUGACUCCGAGGAGGCCGGCGAAGAGGAAAAGCAGGAAGAAGAGGAUGCCGGUGAGGCCGCUGAAGACGCUGCCGAGGAGGCUCCAGAAUCUGACGACCCAGCCGAGGAAGGUGAAGAGGAAGAGGAGGACGAGGAUGAAGACGAAGAUGACGAAGACGAUGAAGAUGAAGAAGAGGCUACUGACCCAUUCGACGACUUGCGUGAAGAGUGUGCCAAGGCCCCAUCUUGUGUUCCUUACGUCCACCACUUUGACCACUGUGUGGAGAGAGUCCAGAAGGAACAGGAAGACCCAGACUACGCACACAAGGCCUACAAGGAGGACUGUGUUGAGGAGUUCUUCCACUUGCAGCAUUGCAUCAACGACUGUGCUGCUCCAAGGUUGUUCUACAAGUUGAAGUAA